AAAUUUAUUCGCUUGCCGAUAACGAUUAAUAUUCGAUAGGUGAUGCGGUCGAAAGUCGCUCCGCUUGUGCCAUCUCAAUAACCACUUCCACCCCUAGUUGAAAAGCAAACAAUUUUCAAGAAAAUGAGACGCCGCGAACUACAAACGAUUCAACUGAAGCUGUCCGAGCUUAAGGAGUAUGAAGAAGCCAAGCUGGAGCGCCUGAGGAGCCGCAAGCAGCUGCUGUCGCCGCGAACUCCCACACCUACCUCGGACAGCGAAGUGCUGGCGAUGUCCUCCAGCGGAGAGCCGCUGCUUGUGCUGACCAGCAGCACAGAGUCGGAGUCGGAGGCCAAGAACGCUGCACUCUCACCCAAGCCCAGCACAUCGUCGUCCUAGGGAUUGGAGGACAAGUUCGUGAGAAAAAAUAACCCUGUCAUCGUCACUACCUCACUGGAUGUAGCACCUUAGUUUUAAUCAGAACAUAUUUAUGACCAUGCUUCUUACAUAAGCCGUACCGACACAUCGAAUCCAAAGAAUGAUUCACUACUACAUAUUAAAUGUAACUAAUUGGGCACUAUUGUUAAUUAGUGCCAACCUCAAAUCAGCCAGACUGUUAAAUAUAAGAAAGCGCCCAAAAAUAU